AUGGCUUCUUCAAAGCUCCGAGAUCCCGCGGAUGAGGUUUUUGACCUGGACUUGGCUGUGCCAGAGACCACCAGACUGGACAGCAGUUUACACAAAGCCAGGGCCCAACUGCUGGCCAAGGGCCGGAGACACCGGCCCUCUCGCUCCAGGCUUCGGGACAGUGCCAGCUCCGCUGAGGAUGGUGAAGGCUCUGAUGGGCCCGGAGGCAAGGUGACCGAUGGCUGCGGGAGCCCCCUGCACCGGCUGCGCUCGCCUUUGCACUCGAGCCCCGGGUCCCCGGCCGGGGGGUCUUUCUGCCUAGAGCCUCCAGGGUUGCGGCGCAGCCUGGACGAGGACGAGCCGCCGCCCUCGCCGCUCACACGCUACCGGCCCCUGCACAACGCCGCCUCGCACGAGGGCCUGGCCGCCGCCUCCUGCUCGCCGCCGCGCUCCGCGCCCUCCUCCGACAGCUCGCCCAGCUUCGUGCGCCGCCACCCGCGCGCAGAGCCACACAGCGAAGAUGACAGCCGGGAUGCCAGCCCUCCUGAGCCUGCCAGCCCCACCACUGGCCUGGAUAAGAAGACUCGCCGAAAGUUCUUGGACCUGGGGGUCACCCUGCGCCGAGCAUCCACUGGCAAGAGCCGGAAAGAGAAGGGCAGCAACCGCCUGUCUAUGGGAAGCAGGGAGUCGGUGGAGGGGUCCGGCAGGUCAGGGGGGUCCCCGUUCCUGCCCUUUUCCUGGUUCACAGACAGCGGCAAGGGCUCUGCGUCCUCGGGCAGCACCACCUCCCCCACCUGCUCCCCUAAACAUGAGGGCUUCAGCCCUAAGAAGUCAGCUUCCCAGGAAUCCACCCUGAGUGAUGACUCCACGCCCCCCAACAGCAGCCCCAAGAUCCCAACUGGUCCCCGGCAGGAGGCCAAGUGUUCCUACCCCUACCACACGCUGUCCCAGUCUUCAGAUGAGUUCCUGGAUGAGCCCCUCCCCACUGUGCAACACUGGACCAGUCAGCAGGUGGGCCAGUGGCUGCACAGCCUCAACCUGGAGCAAUAUGCGCCUGAGUUUGCUGCACGGCAAGUGGACGGGCCGCAGCUACUGCAGCUGGAUGGGAGCAAACUGAAGAGCCUGGGGCUCAGCAACUCGCAUGACCGGGCGCUAGUGAAGCGGAAGCUGAAGGAGCUGGCAGUGGCUGCCGAGAAAGAGCGCAAGGCCCAGGAGAAGGCUGCACGGCAGCGAGAGAAGCUCCGGCGCAGGGAGCAGGAGGCCAAGAAGACCUAG